AUGCGUGAGGUUAUUCAUAUCACAGUGUUGACCCGCUCAUACACCAAUGUAGAUACAUCUUCAUUUGUGGAGUAUCAAUGUUGGCGCAGUGAACCAGAUAGAGAUGCUUUACUAUCAUUUGGUCGAUCAGCACCAAUAACAACAAACAGAUCACCACCAGAAGAUAAGCAAUACCCAAGUAACGGAUUUUUAUACGUCAGACUGGUCACAUUCCCCACAGGAGAUGGAUGGGAUAGAGAUGGUUUCGGUCCUUUCCACUGUGAGGCUUCUAAACCUGAUCGAGAUGUUACAAGGGUUACUACAUUUUUCCAACGAAGUGAUGCUAAAUUCAUAUCAAGAAAUGGAUUGUUUACAAAGACAGUUAAUGUUAAUGACACCGGAGUGAGGAUCAGCAUGACUACGCGUCAUAAUGCUGAUGCGAGUGACAACGUAAUUACUUGGAUGAAAGAUGGAAGUGAGGUUCUGACAUUUGAUGGGCAGACUCAGAUCAGCUUCCCAAACCCGAUCCAGACAUCAGACCAAGGAAUCUAUGAGAUCUACUAUGAUAACGAGAGGAAUCAAAAUAGAGGUGGACUAUACAGACUCAUCGUCAGAGAAUGCCCUGCUGGUAAGUGGGGUCCCCCUGAGUGUGACGGUAUCUGUGAUAAAUGCUACAAUGGCGGAGUCUGUGAUGACAAGUCUGGUCUAUGUAUCUGUCCUAACAACUUCAAGGGACCGAAUUGUUUAGAAAUUUGUAGAACUUUUGGUGGAAAUCGAUUUGGAUUGAACUGCGAGUUCCGAUGUGAAUUUAGCUCUGCUCCUACCAUCACACGAUGUCAUGGGUUUCUUUUUUGCCUUCCUGAUCCUUACGGAUGUUCAUGUGACGUCGGUGCCCGUGGUCUUGCAUGUAACACACGAAUAUCAAGAUUGGUUCCAGUGAGAGUGAACCCAUAUCAACCAUCUAGCUUCACAUGUUAUGUUGAGGGUACCCCACUUCCCCGUAAAUCCUCGGUUGAUUUGUAUCGACGUACUGGAAGCACCGUAAACAGGACAGGAAUCACCAGGAGAUCAAGCACUGUCUCAGGGUCAGAACGAGCUGUUGUCUUUGAUGUUGAUAGUGUGUAUCCACAGGAAUAUGGGGGAUACGUUUGCAUUCUAUAUGUUGAAAAUGAAGGCUACCCCAUUACGGCUUAUACCAGCGCAACAUAUGAUCUGCCAGUCAUAGAGAAAGCACCAGUGAUAGUGAGCACCACGUCAACUACAGUAGGUCUUCGAUGGAAUGCAUGGUCUGCAGAAGAUGACAAAGGUGAUCCUCCUCUGGUAGGAUAUGAUGUCUUUGUAAAGAAGGAUGGUGUCUGGGUAACGGAUCAGAGAGUAGACCAACUCACAACAUCAGCCAUCGUUAGUAACCUGAUACCCGACACCGAUUACAGGUUUCGUGUAGCAGCAGUGAGGGAAGGAACAGGUGGAACAGGACCUUUUUCUCAGAGGAACAACACAAUAACUCGCUGUAAAAAACCCAGUGCCUCUCCACCUGGAAUAAAUGUGGCAGCCAUCAACGCUAAAGAGCUUGAGGUGACAUGGGAGCACCUCCCCUCGGAAUUGGCAGAAUGCAGGAGUGGUGUGACUCAGUAUAUGAUCUACUACGCUUCCACUGGGUCAGCUUCUUUAAACUCUCUCAUGGUUUCUAAUGACACAAGCUCUUACACGUUAAGAGGGUUAGACACCUAUCUGAACUAUACCAUCCAACUGACUGCAUCAAAUAAAGACGAGGAGAGUGACGGAAGCAGUGAGACUAUCGGAAAAACACUUGAAGAAGUUGCACCUAGUCCUACCAAUGUGGCUAUAACGCAGAGUACUACAAGCUCCUUCACUGUAUCCUGGUCUACCCCUCUACCUUCUAACAUCAAUGGUAACAUCCAGAAGUAUGUCAUCCGCUACAAGCGAACUGAUCCAGCUGGUGAUGGCAAUUAUAAGAUGGAGGAAGUAUUGACUGGUGAAUUUGAUGGAGAAUAUACUGUGAUGGACCAAGCCAGUGAAAUCAGCUAUACAGUUCAGGUCCGAACUGUCAAUGGAGCUGGUUCUAGUAAUUGGUCCGAACCAGUGAAUGCAAGGACCAUCCUCUCAGUGAAUACAAGGACCAUCCUCUCAGGUGAUGAUAGUGUAACCAGGAUACCACUAGGGGCUGUGGUAGGGGGUGCAAUAGUACCCCUCAUUAUCAUCGUCAUACUAAUAUCUAUUGUGGUGCUGUAUAGAAGGAUCAAACAAAGACGUUUAAACGCUGAACCAGCCGCGUCGCCACCAAAUACUGCACAUAAGACAUCUUCGAAGGAUGGGAACCCUGUAUUUGAUGACUCGGAUACCAACACAUACCAAGAUCCUUAUACAGACACAACGAACAACCAGAAUCUUACCGACGCCCAUGCCUAUCUAGAUCCUAAGAAACCCAACAUCAACAUUACCGAUCAAGAUGCCACAAAAUCAGAUCCGGGAGGCAUUUACGAAGAAAUAUAGAGGCAACCAUGCAAGCGAGGCAGAGGUGUAUGGUGCGAACGUUGAUACAUGGUGGAUGAACAAUAAUUUACUUGUUAUGCAGUGCACAGAGUUCGCAAUACAUGUUUAUAUCUAAUAUUCAAGGGACAAGUAAAAUAUAAGGUAGUUGAAGUUUCGAAUACAUGCAAUGCUAGUCAAUUGUAAACCUGAAAUAAUAUAUCAUGCACUGUACUAUAAAACUACUAAACCAGAACGUCAAUGACGUAGCGCUCAUCCGCAUCUUGCAACAAC